CCUGCACUAUUAAAUGGCCUGUGCGUAAGAGCUUUCGAUAAGACCUUAUUCAUUCUUAUCGCCUUGUCCCUCCAUAAAAAAGUUUGGGGACAAUUUCUGGCCGAGGAAUGCCUGCUACCUCAUACCCAGGCCGAGUUCUUAUGCGAGGAAUUGGUCGCAACCAUGGUCAAAUCAUAUCUAAAAUAUGAACAUGCGAAAUCCUUCGGUCUAGUAACUUCUGCCACCUCGAACAUUCUCUGGACCUCGAAAGAUGGCUCUACCACGAGCGCGGGCCAGGCCAUUGUUGCUGCCAACGAGGAGGUCAUCAGCUGGGAUAUCAAGACAGGCGAUAUACUGAACCGAUGGCGCGAUUCGAGCUGCGCCGCGCAGGUGACUGCCAUUGCCCAGAGCAAGGUUGACAAAGACGUUUUUGCCGUCGGAUACGAAGAUGGUAGCAUCCGCUUAUGGGACAAGUACGGAACCAUUAUAGUAAGCUUUAACGGCCACCGAUCCGCCAUCACGAUACUUGCUUUCGACCGAUCCGGCGUGCGAUUGGCGAGUGGCUCCAAAGAUACCAAUGUUAUUGUCUGGGAUCUCGUAGCCGAGGUUGGGCAAUACAAGCUUCGAGGACACAAGGACCAAAUAACAGGAUUACAGUUCGUCGAGCCACAAGAGGAGGUUGCCGAGGAAGAUGGUACGCAAGCCAUGGUGCUGGACAGUACAGGAGACCCGUCCGAAGGCUUCUUAUUAACCACCGGCAAGGACUCGCUAAUAAAACUAUGGGACUUGGGGUCGAGACAUUGUAUUGAAACUCACAUUGCUCAGACAAAUGGCGAAUGUUGGGCCUUGGGACUUUCCCCGGAUUACAGUGGUUGUAUAACAGCAGGGAAUGGCGGGGAGCUCAAGGUUUGGGCGCUUGAUGCAAAUUCCCUUGCUUCAUCCAGACAUCAGGUGGACGUGCCAGCAAAUAUCCAAUAUCUACAAGACAGGGGCACAUUAUUCCGGCAAGGAAAGGACAAGGCUAUUGAGAUCAUCUUCCACCCCCGCCUAGAUUACUUUGCUGUACAUGGGUCAGAAAAAGCUGUAGAGAUAUGGCGGAUACGAUCCGAGGCUGAAAUAAAAAAGAGUAUGGCGCGAAAGAGGAAGAGGAGGCGAGAGAAGCUUGCGCAAAAGAAGGGAGCUCAAACAGACGGAGAUGCGCCGAUAGACGAUGUCGAAGAACAAGAGGAGAACGUCAGCAAGGCAGAUGUGACGGACGCUUUUGCACAACACCUCAUAAUUCGUACAGGAGGCAAAGCUCGCGCUGUUGAUUGGGCCGAUAUUACAGGCAGAAAACGAUUACAAUUGCUGGUUGCUACAACUAACAACCAAUUAGAAUUAUACCACGUCCCUUUGAAGCCAAAAUCAUCCAAAUCAAAAGAUGAGGAUGUUCCAGACUACGAGAGAGCGCUGUCCGUCGAGAUUCCCGGACAUCGAGCAGACGUUCGAUCAUUGGCCCUUAGCUCCGACGACAGGCUCCUUGCCUCAGCAUCAAACGGUUCCCUAAAGAUCUGGUCAAUGCUGACUCAAAAGUGCGGUAAGACCUUGGAGUGCGGAUAUGCAUUAUGUUGCGCUUUCCUACCGGGUGACAAGCUGGUCGUUAUCGGUACGAAAAGUGGCGAGAUCGAGUUAUUCGAAGUGUCAACGGGUACACUCCUAGACAGCGUAACAGCUCACGAAGGUGCAAUCUGGUCUCUCCAAGUUCACCCUGACGGCAGAUCAAUUGUCUCGGGAAGCGCUGAUAAGUCGGCCAAAUUCUGGAAGGUCCAAGUCGUCCAAGAGCCGGUCUUAGGAACAACUCGAACAACACAACGCCUCAAAUUGUCACACGCAAGAACACUGAAAGUCUCGGAUGACAUUCUCAGUUUGAAAUUCUCCCCCGACGCCAAGUAUCUCGCCGUGGCCUUAUUGGACAGCACCGUGAAGGUGUUCUUCACCGAUUCUUUAAAACUAUAUCUAAACCUAUACGGCCACAAGCUGCCUGUCUUAGACAUGGACAUAUCAUACGAUGGCAAGUUAAUCGUGACAUGUUCGGCAGAUAAGACGGUCAGGAUAUGGGGUCUCGACUUCGGAGACUGUCACAAAGCGAUAAUAGCGCACCAAGACAGUAUUCUCCAAGUCAAAUUUCUGCCCAACAAUCGCGAGGGAAACGGUCACCAUUUCUUUAGCGCUGGUAAGGACCGCACCGUCAAGUACUGGGACGCCGACAAGUUCGAGCAGAUCCAGCGUCUACACGGUCACCACGGUGAGAUCUGGGCAUUGGCCAUCAGUCGCAGCACAGAGCCACCCUUCAUCAUCAGCGCUAGUCACGACAAGAGUAUACGGGUGUGGCACGAGACAGACGAGCAGAUUUUCCUAGAGGAAGAAAGGGAGAAAGAAAUCGAAGAGCUGUACGAGAGCACUCUCACGGGCUCCCUCGAGCAAGAAGCCGACGAAGAAGGCCAAGACGGCGAGAUAGCAGCCGCGACAAAGCAAACAUCCGAGACACUGAACCACGGCGAGCGUAUCGCAGAGGCGCUAGAGCUAGGCAUGGCAGACCUGCACAUCAUUUCCGAGUGGGAAGUAUCCAAGGCCGCCAACCCGCACAUCGGGCCCCCGCAGCGCGACACCAUGUUCCUCGCGCACGGCAACAUCUCGGCCGAGGAAUACGUGAUGAAGAUCCUCUCGCGACCAGCUGCCUCGGCCCUCAACGACGCGCUCCUCGUGCUCCCCUUCGCAUCCAUCCCGCUGCUCUUCACGUUCCUAGACAUCUUUGCCCGUCGCGCGAUGAAUAUACCGCUGACAUGCAGAAUCCUAUUCUUCAUGCUGAAAACGCACCAUCGGCAAAUCGUCGCCAGCCGCACCAUGCGCGCCACGCUCGACGAGAUACGGAUCUCUCUGCGCAGAGUCCUGAAGACGAAGAAAGAUGAGAUGGGGUACAAUAUUGCCGCGCUGAAAGUCGCGGGCAUGCAGAUCCAGGAGAACAGCGUCAAGAAUUAUGUCGAUGAGAAUUGGGAUGAUGGCGUGGAUGCGCAGAGUGUGAGGAAGAGGGCUUUUGUGCAUGUUGCGUAGAUAGAUAUCUAGAGCGGAGGAAGGAAGGAAGGAUGGGUGGUGUGUAUUGUAUUACUUGCUUAGCCGUGAUGAAGGUGCCUUCAUCACUCACUACCUAAGGUAUAUAGAUACCUAGGUUUGGCUCGGAGUAUGGGUUUGAAGAAUUAUGUAUAAACUGCUGCUGCUGCUGCUACGUCUACUGCUAGAACAAUGAUAGGUAGUAACGCAUCGUAACAUGUUUCGUAAGUCAUGAGUUAACUCGCUUACGACCGUGAUGAUGAAGUUGAAUAUAACUACUUACUGCAUCUACUAUUCCUUUUAUCCCCCCUC